AUCAGCAUCCCAAAGAUCAUUCAACUCUGUGAUGGCAUCAUGGCUAGUGGGAGGAAGGCGGUCACACAUGCCAUCCCAGCCCUGCAGCCUAUAGUCCAUGACCUGUUUGUUCUGAGAGGCUCCAACAAGGCUGACGCUGGGAAGGAACUGGAAACACAGAAAGAGGUGGUGGUCUCCAUGCUGCUGAGACUCAUACAGUACCACCAGGUGCUGGAGAUGUUCAUCCUGGUCCUCCAGCAGUGUCACAAGGAGAACGAGGACAAGUGGAAGAGACUGUCCAGACAGAUCGCUGACAUCAUACUGCCCAUGAUAGGAAAACAACAGAUGCACCUGGACUCCCCUGAGGUCAACUGAUUUAGUGCUCUCUCCUAGAUGCACCUGGACUCCCCAGAGGUCAACUGAUUUAGU